AUGGCGCCGCAUGGCGCAUGCAGCGCUGCGCCGCGUGUGUGCGUCGCAGCGGCUGCGGCGUCGGUGGUGGGGACGGCGGUUGGUGGCGGCCUGUCUGAGCUCGUUGCAGUGGUCCUGGGCUAUGCAGUUCUUAUUGGCAGCCUGUUCCGCAGCGCCCCCCAGAUAGCCAAGGUCAUCAGAGCCCGCAGCUGCGAGGGCCUGAGCCUGACGAGCGUGGUGGUGGAGCUGCUGUGCUACUCAGUGGUGGUGGCCUACAACAUCUCACAGGGCUACGCGUUCAACACGUUUGGCGAGGUGGUGGCGUGCUGGGUGCAGGACGUGGCCCUCAUCGCCCUCAUCUUGAGGUUCAGCGCCGCCCCCGCCUGGGCCGUGGCCGCGCUGUUCGGCGCGCUGGCCGCCGCCUCCGCAUGGCUGCUGUCCCCGGCCUGCCCUCGCGGCGUGCUGUCGACGCUGCAGGCGUCCACCAUAAUCACCAUGGCCCUGGGCAGCCGGCUGCCGCAGAUCGUGCUCAACUGGCGCCGCGGCAACGCGGGCAUGCUGAGCGUGAUGUCGUGCGGCCUCAACGUGGCGGGCAACGCCGCGCGCAUCUUCACGACGCUCGUGCUCACGCGGGACCCGCUGCUGCUGGGGGGCAUCGUCACGCAGGGUACCAUGAACUGUUUCCUGCUGUAUCAGAGCAUUGACACGUCACUGCGGCGGCGGCGCGGCCUGCUGCCGCCCAUCACACGUCCCUCAACAACCAGCAAGCAGCAGCAGCAGCAGCAGCAGCAACAGCAGCAGCAGCUCGCGGCUGAGCUGUUGACACGGCCGCAAGCGAAGGCGGCGGACGGCGGCGACGGCACGCCAGAGCCCGCGGCGGCACCUUUUAUUCCGCAGCCAGCUGCUUAG